AUGGCUCGUACAAAGCAGACCGCUCGCAAAGAACGUCAAAUCCCUGAUCUCGUUGAAACCGUCAAAGCAAAGGUCGUCGAGGGAAGAACUCCCAAACCCAAAAAAUCGAAACCCAAGAAAGAUAUGGCUCCAAUUAGAAGUGCCAAGAAAACCAAAGAAAAGGUUGCAAUAACGAUAAUUACUCCUUCCAAACCUCCCGGACAUGAUAAAUACUUACUUGCCAGUCCAUUACGCGGAAGAAAUCCGAGUGAGGUAUCAUUUUCUAUCACCGAACCAAGAGACAAAGGUAAUGAGUUGUCGGAUUCGUCAGAAUCAGACUCUCCUGUUAUUUCCGCUAACAAUAGUGGUGAAGAAGACGAGAUACAAGAAGAUGAGAUACAAGAGGAAGAAGAGAAUGAUAAGGAUGAUGAAAAAAUGGAGUUAGGCGAUGAAGGUAAUAAUGGUGGUGAUAAGGAGGAGGAAUAUGAUGAAGGGGAUGAUGCUGGAGUUAAGAAUGAUGAAAAGGAUGAAGUUAAUGAUGCUAGUAAUAAGGAGGAUGAAGAGGAUGAAGGAUCAUAA